CUCCAUUUUGAAAAAAACACGGAGCAAUCCUCGGUAGGGGCGUGAAAAAAUAAUUGCGAGUGGAAGCGAAAAGGAGGAAACCGUAUUUUUUAACCAAAUUACAGUCGGCUGCCUCCAGUAGGUGUGGAUAUUCGUGUUUCUUUUCUGUCGGUAAAAUGGGAAACUGCCACACCGUUGGACCAAACGAGGCCCUUGUGGUUUCAGGUGGCUGCUGUGGCUCAGAUGAGAAGACGUAUGUUGUGGGAGGCUGGGCUUGGGCCUGGUGGCUCAUCUCUGACAUCCAGAGAAUGUCUCUGGAGGUUAUGACCAUCCUCUGUCGCUGUGAGAAUAUCGAAACAUCGGAGGGUGUUCCCCUGGAUGUGACAGGGGUGGCUCAGGUGAAGGUGAUGACAGAAAACGAACUGCUGGGCUAUGCCUGCGAGCAGUUCCUGGGAAAGACAGUCACGGAGAUCAAGAGUGUCAUCCUGCAGACCCUCGAGGGUCACCUGCGUGCCAUCCUCGGCACCCUUACUGUUGAGCAGAUUUACCAAGACAGAGACAAAUUUGCCACACUGGUGCGAGAAGUGGCAGCACCUGAUGUCGGCCGCAUGGGCAUCGAGAUCCUCAGCUUCACCAUCAAGGAUGUGUAUGAUAAAGUGGAGUACUUGAGCUCGCUGGGCAAAACUCAGACAGCUGCAGUGCAGAGGGAUGCAGACAUUGGAGUGGCAGAAGCCGAGAGAGAUGCUGGAAUCAGGGAAGCUGAGUGUAAGAAAGAAAUGAUGGACGUUAAGUUUGUCGCGGACACAAAAAUGGCCGACUCCAAACGAGAACUGGAAAUGCAGAAAGCCUCCUUCAACCAGGAAGUGAACACAAAGAAAGCAGAGGCCCAGCUGGCGUACGAGCUGCAGGCAGCCAAAGAGCAGCAGAAAAUCCGUCUGGAGGAGAUUGAGAUCCAAGUGGUGCAAAGGAAGAAGCAGAUCACCAUUGAGGAGAAGGAAAUCGACCGCACUGAGAAGGAGCUCAUUGCUACUGUGAAGAGACCUGCUGAGGCUGAAGCCUACAAGAUGCAGCAGCUGGCUGAAGGCCAGAAGAUUAAGAAGGUGCUAACAGCACAGGCCGAGGCUGAGAAGAUCCGCUGUGUCGGUGAGGCGGAGGCCGCCUCCAUUGAAGCAGUGGGGAAAGCAGAAGCUGAGAAGAUGAGGCUGAAAGCUGAAGCCUACCAGCAGUACGGCGAGGCAGCCAAAACCGCUCUGGUCCUGGAGGCUCUGCCCAAGAUUGCCGGUAAGGUGGCUGCUCCUCUAGCCAGGACCAAUGAGAUCGUCAUCCUGAGCGGAGAAGGCAGCCGUGUGACUGGAGAGGUGAACCGCCUCUUAGCUGAGCUCCCCGUCUCUGUCAACGCCCUCACUGGCAUAGAUCUAACUAAGAUGCCUCUGCUCCAGAAGAUGACCGGCCCUCAGGCCCAAGUAGCCAUGUGAAGUACAAGAUCUGAGACUUGUUAACUCUGAAUCUUUUGCCAUGUAUCUGCCUCAAGAAUGAAAACCAUUUUUUCAGCCUGUGACCCCUUAUGCAACUGCCUUUGACCAGAAACACUUGACACCAACCAAGAGUUCUUUUUUUUAGAUACUUUUAAGAGGUUUUUAAUUUUCUAGAAGAAAGAUAACACAGGGCCUUACCUCCAACGGGCCAGACUGUAUGUAUCAUUUGUUGUUUUUAGUUCUUGUUUUAGAAGCACUCAAACUUACCAUAUAGCCAGGAUUAUAAACUGAAGUCCUUUCCAGUCCUACAAGUCAUCCAAAAUGGUGCUGAAGGGUUCUGAGAUUAAAAAAAAAAAAAAAAAAAGUCUGGAGUUCUGUGAAACGGAACAGAGUCCAGAAAUAUGACAGACCAGUCUGAUGAUUGGACGGCUCUCAGAGCUGUCUAAACGUCUGCUUGGAGUCUGGAGAGGACUGUUUUCUGUCAGGUGUUUUGACAUUUAUUCACCUUUGGAAGUGGAGUAAAGUGUACCAGCUCGGGCCUCUUCAUUACACACUCAUUCAUCUACUGCUCAGAGCUCAGUUAGUCAGGUAGCUUACUGAGUAUUCACAUAGUACUUGUUCCAUUGAUGAACCGUGGUUAUACUUCAGGCUCACCAAAAACGAAAAAAAAAAAAAAAAUCACCCACUGUGAUUGUACAGUAAGUCGUUAUAUCAGUGAUAUUUGAGUCACUUGUAUGAUAAUCUUUACUUAGCAGUACGUCGUCUUCACAUUCUCAUGUGUAGUGCCUGUCCAACACUCAAGUGCCCAAACCGAAGGAAAGUGGUUUGGCUGCAGAGUAUAUGACUCAGUUAUAGAUGGACGAUGUUUAAAUAGUGCACUCGAAAUGUCUGCUUAUACUAACAGUAGUGUUUACUCUUCACGCCUUGUCUUGUGUUUAAACACAGAGGCAAUUGUUAAGCAAACGUAUAACACGAAGCCAUAGUUAGAAAUGAUAACCCUCGAAAGAGACCCUGGACGUCUGCCAGGUCUGCUGAACAUUUCUGUAUUACCUCAAGUGGCGCACAGCAGACGGUCAGGGUCCGCGCUUUAAUUCAGCUCCUCUCACCGCUUCCCCGUCUCCCUCCUACUCACAUGUUGUUCGUUCAGGUCGUGUAACAUAUUUUGUAACUUUAGCGCUAAACGCUGACUAACAGAAAAGCCUCUUUGCUCUGAAAGUUGAAGUCUAACGUUGCAUCAGUCGGAAGUUGGAAAGCUGGCAGGUUAUAGGUUGCGGACACUGCGCGCGGUGUCGAUGCUCAGGUCAGUCGUGUUGGUGAUGUGAAGUGUGCGUAGGGUUGGAGCGGUUGGACCAGUGACAUUUUCUGCUGCAAACCAAACUUAUUAGGUCUGAUUUCUACAUGUAGCCUGUUGCAGUGUCAGAGACAAAAAAAAAAGAAGAAUAGGGUCCAUUUUUUUCAUGUGUAAUCUCAAUGUUAUAAUCAGCAUUUAUUGAAUGACUUCCUGUCACACUUUAUUGUACAGAUACACAUAAACAUUUAGAGCAGCUUCAAACUUUCAUUUCUCAGAGUUAUCAGUCACUAUUCUAAACAUAUCCAAACUAAUGGUUCAGCAGUUCAUCAUUACUCGUAGUGUGGACAUCCAACCUCUAGAUGGCAGAACCUCUUUGCAGGAUUUUAAGCUGAUGUGAGUCUUCAGUCUGAAUGAGCCUUAAUUUGUGUCAUGUUCUAAAUCUAAGCGUCGUAUUUUUAUAUCACCGUCGUUAUUGUUUAGCCACAGUACCAACAAACUUACUGUGCACUGUUUUUUUAAGUGACAUGCUUCAGAGUAAUCAUUAACCAGUUUUUAGAAUCUGUGAUAAAUGUUUGUCAGAUAUGACGUCAUGACUUAGUCCAUACUUUCUAUGAAAUAAACACAAGGCUCGUGGUUUAUUUGAUCUGUGCAAAGUUCAUCUCGUUUUUGUUUGCGAGGUUGACAUCGCCAUCCACUCAGGCUUCUGAUGUGUUCUUUGUGUGUUUCUUUCCUUUCAAACGGCCAGUUGUGUUGGGGGUGAUGGAGGUGGACACACAUCACCUGAUAAAGGAUCCACUGACAGUCGUCGUUUUAGUUUAUCAGCUUGAACCUUCAUACCGUUUGCUCCGGUCUCUGCAGUUUUAAUAAAACCACAGUUGCUCAGGUAAAAAAAAAA